AUGCCAAAAACUGUCCCAAAGAGCUCCCCCAGCGGAACUCCGAACGCAAAGCGCAGGCGUCGAGAGCUGGAGUCAAAUAGUGGGGACGAUUCCGAAGAAUCGUCCCGAAAGCGACCAAAUCGAUCCGAACCGGACCAAAGAAUCGUGGAACCUCUAGUGAACAAUCCAAAUAAUGGUGCAGCAGCAAAUCCGCCGCCAUCGGUUUCUCCCGACAAUGCGAACCGGAACGAGUCUCACUUCCUGCUGGAGGCUCUGCGUCGAAUUCAGGAACUGCAGGACGAGAUAGACUUCCUGGAAAAUGAUCCGUACGCGGAGGAUGCGGACUCCUCGGAAGGGGAUGACGAGCUCAGUUUCGAUCAGGACUUUGCCCAGGCAGAAUCGGCAACCGUCGUGGUGGGUCAACAGGCGGAAGCGUUCGGGUUUGCUGUCUGCGCUCGCGAGACGAUGGCAUUUCUCGAACGGGAAGGAGUUGCCAUGGAUAGUCCGUUGAUGGUAAACCUUCGAAAUCGUCUCAUCGGUAGAUGUGAAUCGAAUGUGUCCUGCUGA